UAUUCACAAUAACAAAAAAAUCCGACUCGAUUUGACCGAGAUACAGACCCCUGAAAAUUAAAAAACCGUAGGAGAGACCAAGCUGAAUUUUUCUUGUUAAAAAUUGUGAAUAUGCAAAUGACCGUUCAAUAGUCUCUUGUCCAAUUGUCGUGAUAUUCCCCCAAUGUCCACAAUUUCAAACCUAAUUACUUUUAAUUAAUUGGUGGUCUAGGUAAAAACUUGAAUUAUAAGUGAAAGCAAACAUUUGGUUUUAUUCUCAAAUUUUUAACUUUUUAAAGAUUUUUUUAAAAAAAUGCCUUCGGUUUCAACAAAAAGUGGUUCAUCAAAAAGAAAAAAUACAGCAACAACAAAUUCUGAUUUAAAUACUUCAACUUCGUCGGCAACAACAACGCCAAAAAAUGUUGAAUUAACUGAAAAAGCUUUAGCAGAUUCAACAACUUCAACUGAUGGACAUCCUGUUCAUGAAGUUACUAAAAAGUGGAAUGUAGGGGAUAAAGUUUUGUGUCGUUAUAUGAAUGCUGAGAAUAUUUAUUAUGAAGCGAAGAUUAUGUCUUUGAAGACUAAAGAAGGAGAAACUGCUUAUGCUGUCCAUUAUCCGGGCUGGAGUUCUCGUCACGAUGAAGUUAUUCCACACAGUAAAGCAUUACUCCGCUUUAAGGAUUAUACACAGGAAGACGCAGAAAAAGCAAAGAUUAAAAGAGCUCAACAAGCAGCCAGUAAAAAGCGCAAAACUGCGGAUAAACGCUCUUCUGGUAUUUCGACAGCAGACGAUAGUCGUUCAAGUACUCCUGGUGGUGGUGAUACUUCUGCAAAACGCAAGACUGCCGCAAUUCGUAGACCUUUAGCCGCAGAUGUUCAUGAACGUCGAAAGGAAAUGCCACAAAUUGUUUUGCCGGAUGCUCUUCGACGUAUACUUAUUGAUGAUGAAAAUUUAAUUAACAAAAGUUGUUUUUUGCCUAAAUUGCCUGCUCGAAUUACUGCUUUUGAUAUUGUUCAGAAGUAUCGUGAAACUGUAAAUCCACGGGGUGUUUCACCUCGCGAAUUUUACAUUGAAAAUUCAAAUGUUUCUAAUGCUUUGCUUAAUCCUACAGCUGAGAAUUUAGAACAUAGUGCUCUUGGUCUUUUAGAUUAUUUUGAACAAGCAAUUGGGACAAUUCUUCUUUACAAAUUUGAACGUCCAAUGUUUAAUGAUCUUUAUGAAUCGUUGAAUAAAGAAAGGGCUGAAGAAGGGGAAAAUAAUGAAGAAGGGAAUGGUGAUGCUUUAAAUAAAGAUAAAGAGGAACAACAACAACGUAUCUGUUUUGCUAAACAAUUUGGAUUGCCACAUUUAUUGCGAAUGUUUGUUCGAUUUACAGACAUGUUGGGAUAUACAGACUGGAGUGAGCGUUCACUUGAAGCAAUUAUUCGUCAUGCGCAGGAUUUUGUUAUGUUUUUGAAUAAAAAUCAUCAAGAAUUUUUUAGUGUUGAUGAGGAUUAUGUUUUAGCUUCGGCUGAUUAUCACAAGCGUGUAUGGGGAAACAAUUCAUAA